AAUAGAGAAGAAGAAGAAGUUACGUCUGCUGGCUGCUACACGGAAGAAGCUGAGUGUCUUGCGUUCAAAGAGUACGAGAAAGGUGUAAUAGGGAUCUUUGAAAGUGCUCUCCAGUCUAACAGAAUGUCUGACGGCCGGAUCUAUGUUGGAAAUCUCCCAAUGGAUGUCCAGGAGAGAGACCUAGAGGAUCUCUUCUUCAAAUAUGGAAAAAUCCGAGAGAUAGAAUUGAAAGGAAAUGGAGCAACCAUUCCUUUUGCCUUCAUCCGAUUUGAGGACCCACGGGAUGCUGAGGAUGCUAUCUUUGGAAGAAAUGGAUAUUCAUAUGGGAACUCCAAGCUACGUGUGGAAUAUCCUCGAUCCACUGGGGCUAAAAUGGGUCCAAUGGGAGGUGGUGGAGGAGCACAGAGAGGAAGGUUUGGACCCCCAACUCGAAGAUCCGAAUUUCGGGUCAUAGUGACUGGUUUACCUCCUACUGGGAGCUGGCAGGAUCUGAAGGAUCACAUGCGAGAAGCAGGAGAUGUUUGUUUCGCAGACGUGCAGAGAGAUGGAGAGGGCGUAGUGGAGUUUCUCCGUAGGGAGGACAUGGAAUACGCCUUACGCCGACUUGACCGGACAGAGUUUCGCUCUCAUCAGGGUGAAACCUCCUACAUCAGAGUUUUUGAGGACAGAGGCAGUGCUAGCUGGAGUCGUCCACGUUCUCGCUCCAGAUCCCGAGGUCGCUAUUCUCCUCCAUUUUUUAACAGAGGAUCACCCCCCCGCUACCAGUCACCUCCACGCCAUCCUAUGUUAAGGAAUAGCCCGCCCCCCAGAAGGCCCCCACCAGCUCACCUUAGCCCCCCUCCACGUCAUUACCGAUAGAGGGGGAAUUAUUUACCUAGCAUUUGGAGGGAAAUUUUCAAUUAUGUGCAUUUUCUCUUUUUUUUUAUUUUACCUCGGGCAUCUUCGUCACCAUUUUUGUGUAAGUGUAGUCCGUGGUCAAAAAAUCCCCAACAGCCUGCUUCUUGUGCAGCAUUAAGAGACUUUUUGUUUUGUUUUAGUUACCUUAAAACAGGCCUUAUGAUUAAGUUGAAUCUUUGGGACAUUCUAAUGUUUUCCUAGGUACUACAUUUCUUGGCUGUUUACAAAGCCUUUAACAGAAAAGUGUUCAUAUAUUGUCUUGUGCUUACAACUCCUCUUAAAGCUGUCGGGCUGAUCCUUUUACUUUUAUUAAAUUGGAUAAGGUUAAGUGUCCUCUCUUGCUUUUAAUGUGUUUUUUCCCCCCCUCCAAAUGAUCAUUAGUAAGUCUUUUUAAUUGUUGCCUUUGAACUGUCAGUUUUCAAGGUGACUUGUAUGUGGAAUAAGAUUUGUAUGUGAUUUUGUUUUUCUUUACAAAUAAAAUACAAAUUUUCUGGG